GUGGCCACACGUUUUUGUACGCAAAUCAGAGUCCCUCACCUUCAAAAAGAUUUCACUCGCCAUCUCUCGCAUGGAGUUCGAUCACGAAUGGACUGUGCUUGGCGUCAAAGCGGAACGGUUUUUGGACACCGACGGGUACACAAGGAUUCACCUUGUGUGCUUAGUGAAAGUGUGCGCUGCAUGUCCUUUGGGACAUCCCUUAAAAGAAUUGGAACAACGCAGAGAACAUUGGCAUGGCCUCUGUGCAAGGAUCGCACGCACAAAUCGAGAAACGGAAGUGCGGACUGCACCUCACCAACUAUGUUAUACGGAGAUCCGUUUCCAGUCCACACCCGGUGUCGGCUUGAUGUUUGCCCUGGCCGAGAGAUAGAAGCGGCUUCUUCUUUGGGAAUAUGGAAAGAGAAGGUCUCAGAGGCUUCCUCUACAAAACUAGAACUUUCGUCAAGGAAAUUCAUUGGUACUGGCUUGGGAGGAGCUGGGAUUUGCAGUCGCAUGUACUUUGGGAAGACCACAGGAAUGACUCCGAAUUUCCGCCCUUUGCUGGCGCACAGCGACCAUGACUCCAGUGGCCUCUCUGCUGAAUGCCAGAAGAAUGGGGUGGAUGAAGGAGCACAGGGAUCAGACGGCGAGAGCGAAAUGACUGCAAUCUUCCAUCCUUUAUCGGUGCACAGGGACCAUGUCAGCAGUGGUCCCUCUGUUGAAUGCUGGGAGAAUAGGGCGGAUGAAGAAACACAAGCACCUGCUGGGAAGAAGCUUUCUUGCAACUCUCCUACUCUGCAGGGCAUUUCUGUUUCACCUGCAGGCAACAACACAACUUCCCCCUCGAGAGACGCUCAGGCUGGUGCCAGAAGCCGAUUGAGACUGGAACUAUGGGACAUUCGAAAACAAUAUGGCAAGAGACUGGUGGUCGAUGGCGUGAGCUUAUAUGUUGAGCAAGGAGAAGUGGUGCAACAGCCUUCAGCCUCAACUCCACCUGCCCCUCCUCUGACCCCUGCGCAGCGGCGCAAGAGAGAGAUCCAGGAGAAGCUGCGAGAGCAACAGGCGCUGCUCGCAAAAGCGGAGAGGCAGGAGGCUGCUGAACUGGAAGCUGCAACAGAUGCUUCCAGAAAAGAGCAUCUGCUGCAGCAAGCUCAGAAGACUGUUGCGGACAGCAGAGUGGCCCAGUGUACAAGGGACCUGGCUGAGCUGGUCCUCUUACAGGACAAGCUGACAGCCGACCACUUUACAAACUGGGAUGAGAGGAUCCAGCGGUUGGAGACCCGGGUGGCUGACUUGGGAACUCAACAGUCGAAGAUCCUGGAUGCCAUCCAGAAUCUGACUGCUCAGGGUCUCAACAAGAUCACUAGGAAGAGUACAGAGCCACUCCCUAGGAUCGACGACCUUCUGGAUAUGGUCCAGGGUUGCACAAUUUUCAGCAAAGUCGACCUCAAGUCUGGGUAUCACCAGAUUGAGAUGGCAGAGGAGGACGUCCACAAGACGGCCUUCAAAACCAGGUAUGGUACUUAUGAGUACCUGGUGAUGCCAUUUGGACUCUGCAAUGCACCUGGUACAUUCCAGACUGAGAUGCACCGCAUAUUCAGGCCGUACCUGGAUAAGUUUAUGGUUGUCUACCUGGAUGAUAUCCUGGUAUUCAGCAAAACUACCAGGGAACGUGCGGAGCACCUGGCUCUAGUCCUUCAGUCGUUACGUGACAACCAGUACAAGAUCAACAGGGAAAAAUCCUCUUUUGGAGUUCCCUCUGUUAUCUACCUGGGUCAUGUAAUCUUUGGAGAUCGUUUGGCCCCUGAAGCAGCUAAGGUUGCUGCUAUUCAGGAUUGGCCACAGCCUCAGACAGUGAGAGAUGUCCGAUCAUUCUUGGGUCUGGCCUCCUACUACAGAAAGUUCAUCAGGAACUUUUCUGCUGUGGCUGCACCCCUGACUAACCUCACGAAGAAAGACACUCCCUUUCUUUGGUCCCUCCACUGUCAGAUGGCCUUUGCACGACUCAAACAGGCCUUGACUCGUGCGCCUGUUCUGAAGUUGCCUGACCCCACUCUGCCAUUUGUUCUCACCACUGACGCCAGUCAGUAUGGCAUUGGGGCAGUCCUUCAGCAGGAUGAUGGUAAUGGUCUGAGACCUGUAGAGUUUAUGAGUAAGAAGAUCAAAACUCAGAAGCUUCAGAACUCUACCUACGAGAAAGAGCUCUAUGCUCUUGUCAGUGCCCUGAAACAUUGGAAGCACUUUCUCCUGGGCAGACACUUCAAGAUCUUUUCUGAUCAUUCCACCUUGCAGUGGUUGAAGUCCCAGGGAGAGUUGAAUGAUAAACUGGCAUGUUACAUUCAGUUCAUUGAUCUGUUUGACUUUGAACUGAAGCAUAAGAAGGGCUGCUACAACAAGGUAGCAGACGCCCUCUCUCGUAGGCCUGACUCUUUUGCGUUGAUCUCCUCUACUCACUCCUUUGGAGAGGAGGUCCGUCAGACCAUCGCUCGUUUGCUGCCUCAGGAUCCGACUUAUGGACCCAUCGUCAGGAAUCUGCAAGCAGAUCCUAGUUCCGAACCUGGCUAUGCGCUGAGUUCAGAUCUGCUGUACACUUACAGUAGAGGAGAGGAGCGCUUGUGCAUCCCUGAGGAUCAGCAGUCGAGGGCACUGCUGAUGUCAGAGUGCCACGACGCGCGUAGACACUUUGGGUUCCUAAAGUCAUAUGCAGCCCUGUCGCAGCGCUUCUUCUGGAAGGAGAUGCGGAGUGAUAUGCUGCGCUAUGUGGACACGUGUGAGCUCUGCCAAAGGAACAAGGUUCAACGUAAACCUCCUUUGGGAUUGCUCAAACCUUUGCCCAUACCUGAUAGUCCUGCCCAGUCUGUGUCUAUUGAUUUCACAGACUUAGGCAAGACUACCCCUCGUGGCAUGCGUCAGGUCAUGGUCUGCGUGGACAAGUUCUCCAAAUACGCAGAGUUCAUCCCCUUGCCAGAGGUAACCAGGGUACUGGCUGUGAGAGCAGCCUUUUCUGAGAGGUGGGUCACACACCAUGGACCGCCCACCUCUAUUGUGAGUGAUCGAGACCCCAGAUUCUGCAGCGAUGAGUGGCAGUCCUACUGCAAGGACUAUCUGCACUCACGCCUGGACAUGACUUCUGGUCGUCAUCCUGAAGCCAAUGGAUUGGCUGAAGUGAUGAACCAGGUCCUGUUCCAGUUGCUACGUCCUGUGAUCUCCCCUGAUCAGCAGGACUGGGAUCUCCACUUGGCGAGGGCACAGCUCAUGUAUAACAUGUAUGUCCACUCGUCGACAGGGUUCAGUCCCUACCGACUACAUUUAGGACAUGAGCCACGACAGCCUCUCGAUGAUAUCAUCGACAAGGCUAAGCCUGACCUUACCCCAGACAUUGCAGAGUUCGCCAGACGCUAUCGUCUGGAUGUGGGAAGAGCCCGGGCGAACUUGUUCAAGGCCCAAAAGGCCAUGAUUGAACAAGCAAACCGCCACAGGCAGCCUUCCCCCAUCCGCACUAGUGACCAUGUCUGGGUGGCCAGUUCUGAGUUGUCGAGGGAGGAGGAUAUUUCUCCCAAGCUGUUGCCACGCUACCUGGGUCCGUGGCAGGUUCUAGACACAGUGGGCGCUGAUCCUUUUGGCCCAUCGUACGUCAUUGACGUGCCCCUGCAUGUACGAACCUAUCCGGUCUUCCAUGCAUCUAAGCUGCUGCCUUUCAUACCAGCUGAUGCAUUCCCGGACCGACCCCCUCAAUGGGGCCCACCAAUCCCUGGUAAGGGAUAUGAUGUGGUGGCCAUUGAGGACGAGUGGGGCACUGGCCCCGACCGGCAGUAUCUUGUCAGAGAGCGGCCAACCUCUGGAGGAGUGCGUCUUGGUGCUACUGACCUCACAGGCAUGCCUUUGGAGAAAAGGGCAAGGCUCGGGAUUGGUUACAUGACUCAGGAAGCUAGUGUUUUCAGGGGCCUAAGUGUCAGAGACAACAUACUGCUCAUCCUGCAAGAAACAGGAGUUCGUAAAGAGGAGCAGCUUGCAAGACUUGAGGCUCUGUUGGAAGACUUCCAGUUGCAUCAUGUUCAGCACACAUUGGGUCGAGCAUUAUCAGGUGGUGAGCGCCGAAGAACUGAACUGGCACGUGUACUGGCAUCAAACUGCUCGGGGGGGCCGCCAAAAAUCAUUCUCGCAGAUGAGCCGUUUGCUGGGGUUGAUCCUAUUGGCGUUCAAGAAAUUCAGAAGCUGCUGACCAGAUUACAGAUGGAGCAGGAUAUGGGUAUCCUCAUAACCGACCAUAAUGUAAGUGAAACACUUCGCAUCUGCAAUCGGGCGUAUGUAAUUUGUAAGGGACAUGUGAUGGCAUCUGGGCCCCCAGAGAGCCUGUGCCAGAACGAAUAUGUGAGGAAGUACUACUUGGGAGAAGGAUUCCCAGACAUGACCAGUUAUUUCAAGUAGGGUGGAUGGAUUUCUUAACUUCUGCCAACAGCCCCGCCCCAGGUCAAAUCAGACAAGGUAUCCUCUCUUCCUAGCCUCCACCGGGACCACCCACCUUUUCGAAGGUUUCUUGCCCCCCAAGUCUCCAUCUCUAACCAAGCACUGUAGUUACUACCAGGUAAUUUACUUUUUACGGAAGGAAUGUAGCUAAACUGCUUUCGUCUUUUGGUUGCCCAGGCAGUCAGACAUGUUACAACCUUUUUCUUUUUCAGGGGCCAUGCUACUCUUCUUUGUGUCAUUUCAAUUUGAACGGAUGUCCCAAUCUGUAUAGGUUAUCCAACUAUUAUCAUGAUUUUGAGUUUCCGCUUGUUAUCAAAAGACCAAAGAAAACAUAAUAAUAAUAAUAACACAGGCCAGGGCGCACUCGCUAGACGACUCAACUGGAGGGACUGAGAGGGCUGGAGUACGAGCUGGAGGGCAAAUUUUGUGAGGAGAAGGAACUAUUCCACAGAGCUCACAGUUUUUUCGCAAAGUUUUUAUGUGCUAGCACAAACUGCAUUGCAAUCUGAGGGCAGCGCAAUACAAAGGACCAAAAGCAGUGAAAAGGGACGAGUAACGAGGAGCGGCAAUUCCACAAGACUUGAGACGUGGAGCAGCAGGUGAGGAGCGGGCGGUAGAAUUCCACUUGACGAGCCAAUGUGAUUGGUUGACCCUGUUCUGAUUGUCCGGGUUCUUCAACCCUUCAAUGUUGUUGUUUCUGGCAUUAGCUUUGAUUUUAGCGAAGAAGUGCUUUGUCAUGGCUCCGUUAAGGGUUUUGUCAUGGCUCCGUUAAGGGUAUGGUCGGUCAUCCUGGCUCUAAUCUGCAGGCCUCUCAGUUCCCAUUCCCUCCAAUCGUUGAGUUCUUCUCUUGCUGAGUCGAGUAGUUGGCUGUAGAAAGUGUUUGAGGGGUCUGCGACGAGGUUGUCCUCCACGAGAGAUAUGGUGAGUUGAAGCUCUUCUUUUCUUUUCUUUUUUUCAGACAGUCACACGGAUUUUUCCGGCAUAUGGGUACGCCGGCCGGGUUAACUCAUCACUCGCGGAAUAAUGUAUACUUAACCAGUUGCAGUCUUUGGGUUUAACAAAGACAUGGAGCUCUU